AUGGCUUCGUCGCCCGGGACAGACACAGAACAUCGACGGUGGUUGGUGGUUGGCACUGUUCUUCACAGUGUACUUUUGCCGUAUGUCAGAAAAAAGAUUGAACAGAAAAUGAAACCAUUUUACCAAAAUCUGUUGGCAAAUUAUGGAUUAGACAAGCAAACCUAUCCGACUCACCUGAAGACUAUUCCACCAACCACUCUGAAGCUGAACUACGAAAGUAUCAAUAAUAACGCCGCCUUGGGUCGAGACACCCAUUGCUUUGACUAUUGUGUAAAGGAUGAAGUGUCAUUGGCUAAGUUGUUCAUGAAACCUUUCAUGGCACAUUUCAAUGCAUUUGAUAUCUCUUUUGAUGCCUCGGCGGCUCUGGCUGUUCUUUGCUCUGCUCCACCAUUCAGCGCUGCAGCGCUGUCAGCUGAACUUGUGAGAUCUGAAGUACGAAAUAAGUGGGCCCAUUACGACUCUGCGUCAUGGACGGAAGUGAAAUACAAUAUAUGUUUUGAUCGAAUGGAGACCUUGGUUGAAGACCUGAGAUUUGCCCCAGCAGAAAAAACAGAGCUCCUCUCUGAGCUGCAGAUGUGGAGAAAGCAUGGGUUAGAAUUUUGCGUUGGUAAGCCACUUAAUGACACAUUUCUUAGUGUUAUGCACGAACAUAUAAAUCAAAUACAUGAAAUGUUUGAGUCUGGAUUUGAAAAAGUUCAGGCAAUAUUACAUGAAUUGAGCAAAAGCAAGCAUGAAGAACAAACAACAAGACAAGACCCGGAUAAAAUGUUAAGUGAUGUCAGUGUCUCCGCAGCAAAAGAUAAAUCUAUAGUAUUUGAUGCGCCAGAUCGAAACAAGAGGUUUACAGGAAGACAAAAAGAGUUAGAAUCGCUUGAAAGGUGCCUCCUCUCAGAAAACAGCGACCAUAAAUUUAGAAUGGCAGCCAUUUGUGGUCUUGGCGGAUGUGGAAAAACGACCUUAGCAGCUCAAUUCGCUUGGGAGCAUAAACCACAUUACGAGGGAGGCGUAUUUUGGUUCUCCAUGGAAGAUGAAGAGAAGUUUGAAAGCUGUGUGAAUGACUUAGCGUUACGUUUAGGACUGAUGGAAAAAUCAUCAGAUCUUACACUGGCACGAAUUCUAACGCUUAUAUCUAAGCAGGAAAAGCUUUGGCUGAUGGUUCUUGACAACGUCGACCAGCCAAUACUUUCUGAAAAAAUGCGUAAAGUUUUGAGAGGAAUAUGGAAAAGGGAGUCAAACGGUCACAUGUUGGUAUCAACAAGGCGUGAAAGAAAAGAGAUCUGUCGGUGUGUGGAUGUUGAGCCAAAUUGUUUUGUAGAAAUCACCUCUUUCUCUAUCGAGGAAGCAAAAGAGUUUCUUUUGAGUCAUUUCAGCGGUGAAAAUGCUGCAGUCCAGGAGGAUGCGCUAAAUGAGCUGGUUGUUGAGCUUGGUUGUCUUCCCCUUGCCUUGGAGCAGGCUGGUGCACAUAUCAAAUCUCUUGGCUGCACUGUAAAUGAAUAUUUGAAACAAUACAAGUUCGAAAGGUUCAAGCUGCUAAGCGAGCAUCGGGCAAAUCCCUCGAGGGAGUACGACUCCUUGAAUCGUCUUUCAGUCCACACUACAUGGUUAUUGAACUUUGAGUACGUAAAGAACUCAAGAUAUGGAGAAAUUGCAACCAGGUUCGUACAUGCAGCUGCUUUCCUUGAUCCCGAUGAAAUCUAUGAAGGACUCAUCAAUGCAGUGAUUCUUUCCUCUGACGUUGUAUCUGAAAACAAAAUAGAACUCCCCCUCACGAAUAACCAUAUAGUAGAAGUUUUGACCAAGUUUUCACUUUUCCAGAGGAAGUCUGUUGGAUGCAUGAGAGUACAUCGCCUAGUGCAGCAGGUUAUUCGUGGUACAAUGACAUCAAAAGAAGUCGAAAAAGCAGUUUACACAACAUUUCAGUUACUAAAGAAGGCCGCUCAAUCACCUGGUGAAUCAGCAACAGAUAAGUCUGUUUUCUCCAUUAUUCGCCAUUGGUUGGCAUUGAAGCGACACGUCGAACAACAAGUUAGAGCUACACCGGAUGACUCAUCGGCUGAGAAAGUAGCAGCAUUGAUGAAAAGCGGUUCUAGAGAAAUUGUGUUCGAAGUCUCUCGCACCAUAAAAGGGCUAUCGCAAACUUUAGAAAACCGUCGUGGAUUAUUAGCGUUGCUUGAUGUCGACUACGACAAGUUUCUAGGUAGAAAAGAGCUAAAGAAUGAAAAUAGAAAAAGCGAACCCGUAAGAUUGCUCUCUCGAUCUCCCUCAAGAUUGCUCUCAGGAUCGUCCUCAGGAUUGCCCUCAGGAUCGCACUUAGGAUCGUCCUCAGGAUCGCCGUCAGGAUCGCUCUCAGGAGCGCCCUUUGGAUCGCCCCAAGAAUGGUCCUUAGAUAUGGCCCUUAGACCCCCCACCGGGAUCACCACCAGAAUUGCCCGUAGGAUCGCCAUGAUAUUCCUCUGUGGCAAUCCACGAUCUCGUCGUAGUGGUCAACAAUGAACGCCAUUCACAAUGCUUAAGCAAGCAGGGUCGCGCGCAUUGUGAAGGCCUCAUUUGGUGGGAAAUUAUAAAAAUGUUUUCCCCAGAAAACUGCCACCAAAGCUAUCGAAAGCUCAAUCAAAUAUACCGAACUUGCAGAACG